AUGAUGAUUGAGCUGCAAAACACAGAGGAUGGGUGUGGCCACGUGGACAUUCUGAGCACCGAGGAGCUGGAGUGCAAGAUCUGCUACUGCACCUAUAACUUGGGGAGUCGAAGGCCAAAAGUGCUCGAGUGUUGUCACCGUCUGUGCGCCAAAUGCCUCGCAAAGAUCCUGGACCUGGGUGAGUCACCUCCCAAUGCUGUUGUGUGCCCGUUCUGCCGCUACAUCACCAGACUGCCUGGGGAGGCGGUGAGCAGCCUUCCAGAUGACUGCAACCUGCUGGCUGCACUGGCCUUCCAAAGCAGGAACCAGAGGAACCUCCACUUCCACCAGGAGGCAACUACGGAGCUGCUCCUGAGCCCCAGGCAUCUGAGCUCGCUGAUGAGUAGCAACCCUCCUGUGAUGUCCCCUUCUUCCUCUUCCUCACCCGGCACUUACUCCUCCAUCCGGGGCUCCCCUAACUUUGUGGUCAUCACCAUCAUGGAGCCGCCGCCAGCACCCUCCUCAAUCCAGGACCACCACCACUCACGUGGAUCCCACGCUGCAAACCGUGGCUACCGUUCAUCCAGUCUGGACUCCAUGGCAUCCAUCACGCAGAGGUGGACAGUGUGGAACUGUGCAGCCCUUUUGUGUCAAACUUCGGCCCGGGUGCUGGUAUGGGUACUUGGGCUGUUGUACUUCAGCUCGCUGCCCAUGGGAGUUUAUCUGCUUAUCAUGCAGAGGACAACGAUCGGGGUGUUGCUGGUGAGCCUGGUUCCCGCCAGCCUUAUCAUGAUCAUGGUCUACGGGUUCUGCCAGUGUAUCUGCCAUGAGUUCUGGGACUGCAUACCAACGUAA